UUUUACCUCGAUGUCAAAUAUUUUUUCUCAAAUUUGUGACUAACUUCUUCCAUAGCCUGUUUGUCUACCUCUUUGAAUGUGUGCGUGAGACCACUCAGCUGUUAGUUGUAUGAGUAUAUGACAGGAGAUGUUCUGGUCAUAACAAUUCGUGUGGUGUAUCUUGUCAAAACGAGACGAUUUGUUAUAUUCAUCGUAAGAUUGAGAUUAGUCUUGUGACAAGUAACUAAAGAAAGUUAUGCUCUUGUAAAAAAAAUGAGGACUGAGUUUGGAACUUGAUUGCACGUCAAAAUGGGAAAUUGUCUGAAACGCGCGGGAGGCACUCAACAGGACAAUACCACUUUGCUCAGCAGCAAUCCCGAUCCUUCGAUGAUCGGAAGUUCUUCGCAAGAAGUACUUGGAUCUCAAAUACCUUAUAAUGAAAUUAUGGGAUCUUAUUAUCCUGCGACAGCGACAAGAGAACAUCGUUUACAAUCUAAUUUAAAUGUCUCUCGUGGAAUAGGCGUUGGGGUUAAUUUAGGACUUGGCGUUACACCUGGUAGUAUAAGCGAAGAAGAACAGCAGGUACGAAUUGCAAAGCGUAUAGGACUUAUACAACAUUUGCCUAUGCGGCAAUAUGAUGGUACGAAGAAAGGAGAAUGUGUGAUAUGCAUGAUGGAGCUUAUGAUAGGAGAAGAAGUACGCUAUCUACCUUGUAUGCAUACUUAUCAUGCAGUGUGUAUCGACGAUUGGUUACUUCGUUCACUCACUUGUCCGUCAUGCAUGGAACCGGUAGAUGCUGCUCUCAUUAGUUCGUAUCAUCCUACUACCUAAUAUCG